AUGAUUUCUUUUGGGAGGGGACAGAGUGGUGAAGCACUCAAGAAGGCAGUCGUCGUCAAUCUCGGUGACGACACGGUCAUUUUGCUCGGAACAAAGAAUGGGGAGAUUGGCGUAGAUGUAGCUGAGCCCAAAUUCCCGCUUGCACAAGGAGCUAAGCGGGAAUUUGGGCAGGAGGGGGGCGUAUUGCGCCAGAAGGUCAUCCUCUCCCAGCGCCUGAAGGUUCCCCCCGCCAUCGCUCAGUUCUCUCACACUCUCGACAAGAACACCGCUACGCAGCUCUUCAAGCUCCUGAACAAGUACCGCCCCGAGACCAAGCAGGAGAAGAAGGCGCGUCUUGACGCUGCUGCUGCUGAGGGCAAGGAGGCUCACAAGGACAAGAAACCCCUCUUCGCCAAGUACGGUCUCAACCACUGUGUUGCCCUCAUCGAGGCCAAAAAGGCCGCUCUUGUCGUCAUCGCCUACGAUGUUGACCCCAUCGAGCUCCUCAUCUUCCUUCCCACUCUCUGUCGCAAGAUGGGUGUUCCCUACGUCAUCGUCAAGGGCAAGGCUCGAGAGGUCAAGUCGGAGGAUGAGCGCGAGCUCGCCACCCUCGUCUCUGCCGUCAAGGCUAACUUCUCCGACAAGUACGAGGAGUCCCGCAGGCAGUGGGGUGGAGGUCUUCGUGGCAACAAGUCCAAGGAGAUGCUCCGCAAGCGUGCCAAGGCCUCUGGCUAG